GUUCUUUCUCAAUCUCUCUGCUUCUGAUCUGUAUCUCUCUCUCUCUCUAUUCCACCGGCGACCAGAACUGCCUAUUCUCCGGUGACCCAAUUCGUUUUUCCAUUGGUUUUCUUGAUCCAACAACGCUAAUGGAAACCCCAUCAUCAACAAGAAGGAUCACAAGAUCGCAGGCCUUGGCUGCCGCAUGUAACAGCAACAACAUACCCAUGUCAAGGAAAAUUGAAGAAUGUGAAAAAAGUGUCUCAAAAUCAAGACAAAAAACUGGGAAACAACAAGAUCGAUCAGCCCUUAUCGAUAUAACCAACGAUUCACCUAUUAUUGGGCUUGCAAUGGGAAGCUUGGAGACCCCAUCAUCGACUAUGUCCAAGAAGAGGAUCAACGGUCAGGCAAAGCAUAUGACUCCCGGAUCAGGAGAGGCAUUGUUGAGGGGUCAGGUCAAAACCCUCUUGCAAAAGGUUGAAGAAGAGGCUGAACUUUCGAAACUCUCUUUGGAAAGCCGGCCUUUCCUUCACCUCGGAGGCAAUGGAAGUGCCAACAGCAAUGGUUUGGCUUCGGUUACUCUCUCACCAGUGGAAGAAAAGUUCAUGAUUUCUCAGAUGAUUAAUGAGAUGCUUGAUGGAAAGAAGCAAGAGGACCUUGAAUCUGAGAAGAGUUUGAUAACAAGGUCUCUGCUGUUGGAUUUUUCUGAGAAAUCAGAGGCGUCUGAUUCUUCUGGGUGUUCCUCUGUUCUAACAUACCAAGAAGGAGAGAGUGAAGGUCGAGAGAAGUUGUCCGCAGAUGAUGAUGAUGCAUCCAUUUGGUCUAUUCAGGUCAAUGCAAGUACUAGAGAUGAAGAAGAAGAAGAAGAAGAUGAAGAAGGACCUGAAGAAGUCAACGAAGAUGGUGAAAACGAUGAUGAAUACUAUGAAGAUGGAGAAGAAGUUGAAGCAGAUGAUGGAGGGUUGGUUGAUGAGCUUUGUGAAGGGAUCUGCAAGAUCAAUGUGAACUGUGAGACAACAAUGACAAAAUUUACUGGUAAGCACACACGGUUUGUGUACAAUAGCGAUGAUGAGCUUGAAGGAGAAGAAGAAUGUGAUGAUGGUGAAUCAGAAUCGAUUGUUUCAAUGGGUAUAUUGCGCUUGAAGGGCUUGCCAACACCUGAAGGGAAGCACCUGCGCUUCCCGGAGGACUUGGAAGAAGAUUGAGACUUGUCAAUGGAUUUGUGGUGGCCGAGUGUUUGAGGCUUUGAUUUCUCUAUUCAGUGGUAGUCUUUCUUGUGACUCCACACUUUCUUUGUUGUCGGUUGUUAUUUUCUUUCUUUUUUUUGGGAUUCAGUCUUGAAUAUGGAAUCAUGGGUUGUUAACAGUUUUUUGAUUGAUGAAGCAACAGAAUGUUUGCUGGUCGGUCAUCAUUUCUUACAGAAUUGAGGAGGGUUUGUGCUGCUGCGGUUUUCAUUUCUGCAUUGUCUUAUGUGUGUUGUUAACAUUUUCUUUGGUAGAUACAGCAGCAAAAAAAUCCUGUGAGAGUUGGGAAAAUUGUAACAUGAUGAGAAAUGGAUUGGAAAAACACCUUUUUUUUGAUUAAAUCCACCAAUCCUUCUAGAAAUUAACCUUUAGCAUUUCUUUUAGUUUCAGCAAAAUGCAUUUCAUGUAGGGGGAGG